UUCGAAGGCGUGACGUCACGGCGGCGGCUGGCCAAUGAGGAGGCGGGGCGAGUCUGAGGCGGGCUGCACAGUGCUGACGGGGCCCAGUCGGAGCAGGAAAAGCGAGGCGGUGGAACAAAAGGCCCUGGCGGUGGAUCAUGUGUUGGGCAGACACAUUCCUUUUCUUCAAGAGUGAGCAGUUUGUGGCCACCCAGACAUUGUUCAGCUGCAACUUCCAGCGCUUCUUAUCAGUGGGACCAUGCAGUAUGGAAAAUCCUACAUAUGAAGAUUUCAGUCCAAUCCCAUUUUAUAGUACUUACAUUAGACCAUGUUGUGAAUUGGCUCGAGCACAAUUCGUAAAGUGUUCUUCAAAGAAAUAUAAAACAGGUGAUAUCUGUAAAAUAUGGUGUGGCAAGCCUGUUCAUGAAUUGCAGAAAUAUUGUGAUGUUAUUAAAAUAUGCACCUUCAGACCACUGCUGUUUGUGCCUCAGUGUAAUGACCCCCAAAAAAUUCAUGCUCCCAGCGAUUGUCAAUUUGGUGAACUAAAUUUGGAGAGGCUGUAUCAAAUAGAGGUUUUAGAAGAUGUUACUAAUAUUGCCAAAAAGUUUGUGAAUGAUCCAUUUUUCAUCAAUGGCAUAUUGAAAAUCGGAACUGAAAUAGACAAUAGAAUCUUCAGUAUAGUGGAAGCUCUUGACUGGGUAAAAUACGCAAAUGACAUUGGUAUUUUACAAAAAUUAGAAAAGCUUGGUGAUUACUGUUGGCCUUUUCUAGAAAUUUUCUUUGCUGAAUAUAAGCAUCAUAUAAGUAAAGUUGUGCUGGAGGAUUAUGAUUUAUUGGAAGCAUUUGAAUCUCAGUAUUGUGAAAACUGUGUAAAGAAAAGUGAGAUUAUGAAAAAGAGGGGAAAUGAAGCAUUUGCUAAAGAGAAGUUUGAUAUUGCUGUUAGUGCCUAUACAAAAGCUAUAGAAUUAUGGCCUGAAAAUCACCUCCUUUAUGGCAACCGAGCGCUGUGUUUUAUUCGAACUGGACAAUAUAUGAGAGCCCUAUGUGAUGGAAAGAGAUCCAUCAUUCUGAAACCCAAUUGGCCAAAGGGGCACUAUCGAUUUUGUGAUGCUCUAUCUCUCCUGGGAGAAAAUACAAAAGCUCUACAGGCAAACGAGAAAGGUCAGGAACUGUGCAAAGAAAGUCCUGAAGGAAUUAAAGAUCUUACUCAGCAACAUGAGAAAUUAAGAAAACAAAUAGGAGACAUUAGAGGCAUGAAACAAAAUAAACACAGAAUGAAGAAAUUGGGCCUUCAUAAAAAUUUUUCAGAAUCUUUGUCAGUUUAUACUGAAUCAAAGAAAUUUGACAUUGAAAGGAGAAAACAACCUGAUUUACACAACCACCUCUAUCAGCAAAAGCAAACAAAGAUGCCAAGUAAUACAUUAACAAAAGAAAAUCAGGAUAGAUUAUCAGAAUCUGCCUCAGGACUGAAUGAAAAUCCAAGGAAACCAAAGAGCAAAAUGGGUGAUUCUGAAAAGGCAAGAGACCAGCUGAAUUUGAAAAGUGAACAGAAUGCUUGUGGUGGCACUGUACAGCAGAUGAAUGUUAUAACUUCUCUGGAAAGUUUGAAGACUCAUAUUAUGCAAGGAUGCACAUCUUUGAUGGAUCAACGUUUUCACAGUGCUGAAAAAUUCUUUGGACUUUUAUUGAAUAGUAUAGAUUCAACCCAUCUAAAGAAACUAAAUCUUACUGUCGUUGAUAAUGUUAUAAUAAUCUAUGGAUAUGCCACAUCUCUUAUUGGAAUAGGACAGCCUGAGGAACUAACCAAGGCCAAAGACCACUUCAGUAAUAUAAUUGAGCAGUAUCAGAAAGUGAGAUUUGAUUGCUUAGCACACUAUGGAAUUGGAAAAGUAUAUUUAAGACAAAAUCGGUUUUCAGAUGCUCUGGAGCAGUUUAUGAAAUCGAAGACCAUGGUUAAUCAUAAAAUGGUUCCUGGUGUAUUGACGUGGCCUACAACUUCAAUAGUUAUUGAAGAGACAAGGAUAGAAAAAUUACAAGUAAUAUUACAAGAUUGUAUUGAAGAAUGCAGGUUUCCUCCAAAUCCAGAUGCAGUUUGUAGCUAUCAGCACUGCCGAGCACAAAAAAUCAAAAUCUAUUUUAGUGAUCCAGAUUUCAAGGGUUUUAUACGUGUUGCCUGCUGUGAACAAUGCAUAGUAGAGUUUCAUGUAAGCUGUUGGAAGAAGCUGAAAGCAACAAGAUACAGUGAUAAAAAUGACAAGGAUAUUCUUAGAGAGUUGUGCCUUACUCCGGAUUGUGGAGGACUCAUUUCUAAAAUUGUCAUCAUCGAUGCUUCUGGUUUUGUCAAGUGUGAGUUUGAGCAAAAAAUAAAAAAGAAGACUAUACCAAGACCUAUAGUUAAACAAAAAUGCUCCAGUUCUAGGAACAUUGAAAGAAAGCAACAGAGAAAAUUGAAGAGAAAAUUUAUGAAAGAAGAGGUCUCUGUGCAAUUAAGAGAACUUGCUGAAGCAUUUCAUAGAGAGGACUGUCCAGCAAGAGAUGCUAGUAAAAAAGGAAAUCUUGAGAAUUUUUUCCCUGACGACUCGGUUCUGCAGCUUAUUUUACGCCAUUCUGUGAACAUACGAACGGGUGUACACGAUGCCUUCAAGCUUCUUAAUGAAUUGCUUUCAUGGUCGGUACUUAGUGAAGAGAAAUUUGCAGAAUUUUCUACAAGUUGUGGAUCAUCAACUGAAGUAAUGGACCAGCUCAUACACCUUUUAGCUGCUAAAAAUGAGAGAGUGAAGACAAGAAUUUUUGUUCAUGUUUUAAGCGAGCUUGAAGAAGUAGAACCUAAAUUACAUGACUGGAUGAAACAUCUUGACAAUAAUGGUUUAAAAGCUACAGAGUCCUUUAUAUCUCAAUAUGGAGUCUACAUUAUAGAGGCUGAUUUUAAAGUGGUAGCAGUUCUUUGGGAUGAGAAAUAUGGUAUUAAACUUGGCAAGAAGUUUGGCUGCACAUCAGAAGACAUGGAUGAAAUACUAGAUUACUUAGAAAAUUUAACAAUGAUAGAAUCUCGAUAUUUACUAUGGCUGUUGGAAGAGAACAGAGAGAAUUUUCCAUUUUAUUGUCAGUAUUUAGAUGACUAUUUUGAUAACUGGGAUAAUCCUUUUACUGUAGUAAGGAAGGAGGAAACUGAAACUACUUCAAAUAAUGCUAUCAAAGUUAAAAACAGAAAUAGAAAAAAGGCAAAGGAAUCAAAGGCUAUUUUAGUUGUACCUGGUGGAGUAAGUACAAUAGCUCGAGAAGAAGAUAAUAUAUUUUCAGAAGAAAAUACCUUAGGUUAUAUGAAUUCACAUGAGCCAUUCAGAAUUCCAGAUAGUCUUCACGACCAGGUGGAAAUAUUUGAAUCUUUGUAUAAUAAUGGUCCUUCCAGUAGCAGUUAUCAGAGAAUUUUGGACAAUUAUCCUGAUCCAACGUGUGAAAGCUUAUAUGACUAUUUUUCUCAAAUCUUGGAAGAACAUGGUCCUAUGGAAAUUGAUCAUCCAUUGUUAGUUGGAGAAUAUGAACACUUCCCUGCAGACACUUGCAAGAUUGUGGAGGAUGCUGGUGGUCUGAAAUCUUUUCUUUUGGAAUCCUUACGUUUUGUUAUGAUGGGCGAUCUUAUUGGCUUGAUGAAACAUGCAGUUAUGCUGAAGGAAAAUGCAGAUGUAACUGGACUUGAUGAAAGAACUGGAAAUGAGGAGGAAAAUGACUCAGCCUGCUCACAUCGUGCAGAAAAUUACUCCCAACACAAACUACGUUUAAACCCAGCUGCAAAAGAAUUCAAGCCCACUUCAUAUUUUAAUGAACCUUCUGUGGUAAUGCCUUCUAAUACAGUAAUCCGUACUGGAUCUACCAACCAUUCCUCAUUUAAUUCUUUUAUGGACACAUAUUCUAUUUCUAGUCAGAUGGCUGAAACAACAGCAUCACAACCAACUAUACCUGAAGUCGAACAAGCAUUUGUAAAUGCAGUUCAUUUGAAGUGUCAGGAUGUGAGAUCAUUUCCCAUGCUUUCUGAAACACGAAUUUUGACAGAUACUUUGGAGCAACCUGAAUUGGAGUGUGUGGAUUAUGAUGAUUACCUUGAUUCUGACAUAGACACAAUAUUGGAAAGCAAGUAUAGUAUUGGUAAUAAUGUGACAAAUGAUGAGGUGCAAAUGUCCCCAAAGCCUCAGUUCACUCCAGUGGAGUCUGACAUUCACAUUUCUGAAAAUGAUAUUUCUCAGUCGGAGAAUCAUUGUAAUGAAACUACAAAAAUGGAAAAUGAGAAUAAGACAAUAGCAAGGAACAACCCCCGUUCAAGGAUGGUUGCUGUCCAGGUAGAUCAAGAACAGACAGACAAGGGAGUUAAUACUUUACCUCUUUCUCCAUACGAGACCCAACAAGGAGAUAUGUUACGUAUGGAAAAAGAACAUCAUGUACUACAAGAACAACUCAAAGAAGCAAGUGAAAAAUAUGAACAGCUUAACUGUCGAAGCUCUGAAGAAAUCAGUGUUUUAGAAGAUGAAUUAACCCUUCUAGUGAAAGGAAACAAGCUCACUAAGAGAGAACUGGAUUGGAUUCACCAAGAUGUGGAACUUGAGAUGAAAAAAUGGCAACAAGAGAAAAGAUUAAAUCAGGAGGAAUUAAAAACAGGAAAGAGUGAAGUAAAGAAGCACACAGAAAUCAAUGAAAUAUACCUGAGAAAUAUUGAAGAAAAGGAUAAGCAGUACAAACGGUACUUGGAUAAUUUCCUUGAGAUCAGUAAUAAGUUUGAAAAUGAAAAAGUAAAAAUGGAAGCACUUAUAAAGAAGAGCCAUGAUGAAAAUCAAGAAUGUAUUAAGCGAGCUGUUGCAGCAGAGAUAUCAGUUCUUCAAAACUGGAAAGAGACUGAAUUAUAUAAAUUAUUCAGAAAAGUAACAUAUGCAGAAGCCAAUCUCAAAUAUCUAGAGUUUAUGACCAGCCGUUCCACAGUGCCACAAUCAAAAUUACAAAUUGAAUCUUGGGAGACCUAUAUUUCUAAUCUUAAGGAAAAAAUGAGAAAAGCAGAGAAUGAAUUUGAAGAAAGAAUUUGCAUGGUGAAAAGUGGUGCCCUUUUAAACAACAUCCCCAUGGUGGAAAUUGCAGAACUCCAGCCUCCUAGUGGUUUGCCAUCAGCAACGUGUGAGUGGCCUCUCAUUAAUGAUCCAGCUAUUGUAAUGUAUUCAGCUACAGCUCCAUACUUCCCUUCUCCAUUUUCAAAUGUGAAUGAUAAUAAUCCUCUACACCCUGUGGUUACUGUACACACCGAAAAUAAACCUAGUAAAGGUUCUAGACCUCUUUUUGCUAAGCAGGACUUUGGAGAGGCACUCUUGGAAUCAAAAGGACAGUCGCUUUCUGAUCAUGUUUGCCUGCCUGAGUCACCGAAGAGCUCUAGAAGGCCAGCCCAGGCCACUCAGCCACAGCACAGUGCUCCAGAGGAACCAUCCGCAGCAGGAAUGUUGGGUCACGUCAAAACUAUAAGCAAGCCACUCCUCCCUAAAUCAUCUACAAAUAUCAUUGCUCAACUCAGAACUAUAUUUCCACACCAUACAAGUUCAGAACUGGAGAAUUUCAUUGAAGAAGUAAAAGUCAAGAAUAGGAAUAAGCUGAGCACUGAUGAGCUGCUUAGCAGAGUAACAGAAUUUAUUCUGGAUCAUCCAAAUAAGAAAAAGGCUCUUUCUUCUUCAUGGAAAAUUGAAAAGCCACCCUCCAAUGCUUACGGGCAGAACAGAAAUCAAAAAGUAUUGAAGUUGUCAGGACAAAAUUUGCCUAACCCAGCAAAGUCUAGAGUUACUAAUGAAAACACAAAAAAGAAAACUUUGUCUUCUCAGUCUGUUCAGAUGCCUUGGAAAACUGUUGGAGAAACAUCAAAAUCCAAGUGGAAGAAACCAAGUGAUACGGAUAAUGAUCCCUGUGUGAUCUGUCAUGAGGAAUUAAGUUCAGAAAUGUUGCAAAUGCUAGACUGCGGACAUAGAUUUCAUAAAUUGUGUAUUGGCCCAUGGAUUAAGGAGCACAGUACCUGUCCAACAUGUCGCCAUCAUGUUCUUUUACAUGAAGAAUAUCCUGAACUUCCUGGACGAAAAAGAACCACUUAGAUGAUGUAAUAGAGAUUAACAAGAAAAUGUGAUUCAUAUUAUGUAGAAUAAUGAUUAUGAUUUGUGUAGUGUGCUCCGUAUAUUUAUGGAGUAUUAUAAGUACAGUGAGUGAACUUUUAAACAUAUUACGAAUACUGCCAUUUUUUCUAACAUCUAGUCAAAUGAUUUCUUCCUUUGGGACACUUCUUCCGAGAUUUCAAAUUGUUUUUAUUCUCUUUGCAGUAGUAAUUUGAUAUAUAUAACCAAAAGAUAAUUUCAUUGCCGAACAAGUAGAUAUAUGGUCAAGAUUUUCUCAAUGGCUAUCAUUUCCCUAAAUUAAACUAUAUUAAUAAACAAUUUUAACGUA